AACCGAAACUAACUCGAACCAACUCCUCCUCCUCCUCCUCCUUCUACUACUACUACAACUACAACAUGUUUUGUAAAGUAGUCGUGAUGCUGGUGAUGGCACUGGUCGUGGUGACCAGAGCCGAUCCUGAGCCAGAACCCGAACCCGGAUACCAGGCCUCCUACCCCUCAAAGAUCCACCCGUACCAUUACAACUACCACGUCAGCGACCACUACGGCGCCAACUUCGGUCAGCACGAGAAGGGAGACGGCAAGUCUGUCUACGGAUCCUACCACGUUGACCUUCCCGACGGUCGCAGGCAGAGGGUGGACUACACUGCUGACCACUACGGCGGCUACGUGGCCAAGGUGAGUUACUACGGCAAGGCCCACCACCCCAAGCACUACGGCCCCCCCGUCACCUUCUUCCACAAGAACGUUCACGGCCAUGGCGGCGGCGGAUACCACUGAAGAGUGCAGCAUCACCUCCCUAACCAUCACCGCUAACUGUACCUAACUACUACCGCCUGUAGCUUGACUAUCAUCCCUAAUUACCUAACUGCCCUGAAACUAACGAAUGUCACUUUUUGCUUCAUAACUGCUGUCCUUAACUACUGCUAACACAAUGGAAGAAUCAACUACUCUCCACCCGCUUAACUUUGACUAUCAUCCAACUCUGUGACUUCUGCUACCACUACCUCUACUGCUACUACUUCUACUACCAUUACUACUACUAACUACCGAAUCAUCCCAUCCACUAACCAUCAUUAUAACGACUUCAACCAUCGACCAUUACCAUUACUACAACUACUACUACUAUUCAGUGUCCUAUUGUCCCACUCCAAAGAGCUUCGAAGCAAUUCCUAACCAUUCCUAUCGCCCCUUACAAAGUGUCUGUAGAAGGUUAGGUGGUUGUUGGGGUCAAAGAGUCGAUAUAGUAUUGAAACUCGUGCAAACCGCAGCUUCAGGGCUCAUGAUAAUCAAAACCUUCCUCUAUAACAUUUCACUUUCGUCCAUAUUGCUUUCUGUGUGUCUUCUAAAGCUCAAAACUGCAUUUGUUAACAUUUAACCUUGUCUUUGAGCACUUCUGCCUACUAACAUGUUUCUAAAAGCUGCAUUGUUGAUAUAUUACCUAAAGGAACGGUUCCCUAUCGUUCCUUUAGAUUAAUAUUGUUAACAGCAGUAAUGGCGAGCACUGGUUGGCUCCCCAUUGCUGACGUUUCAAGCUUUAGACCAAUGAGCGAAGAAAAUGGUGGUAUAGGUGCCAGAUAGAGCCAGAAAAUGAUGUAAUUAGGGAUUUUUUUUUAAUUAUCCUUCACUUUCCACACUUUCUAACUUCCGUCCCUCGUUGUAAGUUAUUUAUAAGUAUUUUUCGAGUUCAUUUAACAGAUUAACUUCAAGCGAAGGACCAUCAAGAGCCUGCAUUGGAAUAUCGGAGAUUCUUAUCCGCCAGAAGGUUCUUUGUUUACAUAUCCGCAUUUUCUCAUUGGCCGGUGCGUUGGCCAAUCACGUUGGAGCACUAUGACUUGGUUUAUCCCGUUUUCUAUGUUGUAAUUGUAUAUAAUAUUAAUAAUUAUAUUCUAAAACGCAA